UUUCAGCGCUUCGGUAACCAACAGUCAAGCUAAUCAAAGCGUUAAAACAUUUUGGCAAUUGUGUAUCUUUUCAAAACAUUUACCACCAAUCAUAUCUAAACAAAAUGGGCUGCAAGGGCUGUGGAAAUAACUGCAAGUGCUCGUCGCAACAGUGUGGCGACAACUGUGCCUGCAACAGGGACUGCAACUGCGUCUGCAAAAAUGGUUCCAAGGAUCAAUGCUGCAGCAAGAAGUAAAGAGUACACACUCCCGAACAAUGUAAAGUAGCUGAUGGGCCCACCAUACCUAACAGUAUUAGCACAUUUCACAAUUUGUAUAACUAAAAUGCAAUAAAUAUAUUUGGUUUCAAACAAA